AUGGGGAGAUGGAAUGAGACAGAAUUCACAGAUUUCACCCUCCUAGGCUUCUUCCCAGAGUUUAGACACAUCACAGCCAUGGUCUCCAUCAUCCUCCUAAUCUUCACGGCCUCCUUCACUGGCAACACUCUUCUGAUCCUCCUCAUCUGGUUUGAUUCCGGGAUCCACACUCCCAUGUAUGUACUGCUUAGUCAGCUCUCCUUAAUGGAUUUGACUUUGACCUGUAGAAUUGUCCCCAAGAUGGCGGCCAACUUUUUCUCUGGAUGUCAGAGCAUCUCAUUCCUGGCCUGUGGGACCCAGAUUUUCUUCUCCUUGACUGUGGCCAUUGCUGAAUGCAUCCUCAUAACUCUCAUGUGCUUUGAUCGCUAUGUAGCCAUCUGUAAUCCCCUGAGGUACUCGGUCAUCAUCAGUUCUCGAGUUUGUUUGCAGAUGGUUGCCAUGUCUUGGGCUGGAGGGGCACUUACUUCCCUGGGCCACACUGUGUUCACCUUGCAUUUCCACAUCUGCAGCCCCAGAAAGAUCCCCCACUUUUUCUGUGAAGUCAUGGCUGUCCUUACGAUUGUCUGUGAGGACAUCUCAGCCUAUGAGAAGGCAGUGGUGGUGACAAGUGUCCUAGUUCUGCUGCUGCCCUUAUCACUCAUCUUGUUGUCUUAUGCUCUCAUCUUCCUUGCUGUCCUCCGAAUGAACUUCCCAGAAGGCAGGGACAAGGCUCUGGCCACCUGCUCCUCUCACCUCUGUGUGGUGGGUCUCUAUUUUGAUCCAGGUAUGUGCAUUUACAUGAGACCCGGUGCUGCCAAGACUCCAAAGCUGAAUCAGGGUCUCCUUCUGUUUGGUACAGUUCUUACCCCUCUCCUGAACCCCCUUGUCUACAGCCUCAGGAACAAGGAAGUUCUAAGUGCACUGAAAAAGUUGAUAGACUGGUGUCAGUCCUCCAGGUAG